AUGAAGGUCUCACAAAUCCUUUUGGUCGCUCUCGUGUGCGUCCUCUAUGUGGCUCCAUUCUAUGCCCAUGCCAUCCAUAAUCGCCAUGCUGCUCCAACCACUUUACAACAAUUGAAGCAAGAUAUCCGUGAUAGAAUUUUGAAGGAUGAGAAGUUAACCGACAAGAUGAUGAGCUUCUCCUUCAAGCAAAUUAACGGAGGUGUUGCUGUUCCAAAGCCAAAGGGUGGUUUCUCCUUGUGCCCAAUGUGUAUCAAUUUGUUGGAUCAAACCAUUAACCAAUUGUUGAACAUUAUUUUGCAAGGUGGUGUUAUUGGUUCAUGUGGUGCUUUGUGUUCCUACUUGUCCAACUUUGGUGCUUUGACAGUUACCGCUUGUAACUUGAUCUGUGAUUAUCUUGGAGUUGAAGAAUUCAUCAAACUCAUUCAAGAAGCUGAUUUGGAUGCUAUUUAUGGAUGCCAAUUGGUCUCCUUGUGUCCAGUCCAUGAUUGCAAAUUGCCAGUCUGUGCUCAAUUCUUCAACACUCGUGUUGUUCCACAAAGUGCUCCAAAGGGAACUACUUUCACUGCUGUCUCUCAAUUGAGAGUUUACAAUCAAACUGGUACUGGUGAACUUGCAUUCGAAGUUAACGGACCAGUCACUGGUGACAUUUCUGGUGGAGAAUUGGUUGCUGAAGGUUUCUCUGCUGGUGUCUUCCAAAUUCAAGUUCAAAUCCAAGCUCAAGAUGACCCACAAAACCAAGUCACAUGGAACCCAGGUACUUACGAAUUUGUUGUUGCUGCUUGUGAAGGAGAAUGUGGUAGCAAGCACCCACACAGCAGAAUUUUGGCUGAGUCUCAUGCUUUGUUCAACGUCACUGCUUAA